AUGGUAUCGUCUGGAAGGGUUUACACUCUGGACUGCUUUGUCUUUUGUUUUACAACAGUUUUGUGUUUUGUACCUCAUCAUUCCCAAAUAAAAGGAAAUGUUAAGUCCCUGCUGAAGUUAACCCCCUGGAACUGGAAGCACCUGAACACCUCAGUCAAAGUGGACACCCCGGUCUCCGUGGACAUUUCUGUCUUGUCCAACUACAGACUUAGUGUGAAAGACUCUAAGUAUCAAAACAUACAAAGAGCAAGGGAUUGUUCAGCUAUUCUAAAAUCUAUUCCGCAUACAAAAGGACGAAAUGGUGUCUAUAUGAUUUACCCUGACUUGAAGACAAAGAAACUGGCCUACUGCGAUAUGACUACAGAGGGAGGGGGAUGGACAGUAAUUCAACGUAGAAUUGAUGGGUCUGUAGAUUUUUAUAGACCAUGGAAGUCUUACAAAGAAGGAUUUGGUAAUGCUGAAGGAGAAUACUGGUUAGGAAAUGAAGUAAUUCAUUCACUCACCACAAAAACAAAACAAGAACUGAGGGUGGAUCUUCAGAAUUUUUCAGGCAAAAAAGCAUUUGCCAAAUACUCAACAUUUACCCUUGGAAGCGAGUCUCAGAAAUACAAGUUGACCGUUGGUGGAUACAGCGGCACUGCAGGAGACAGCUUGACAUAUCACAAUGGGAGAGGGUUUUCCACUAAAGAUCAAGAUAAUGACUCCAGUGGUGGUUCCUGUGCUGUCUCAAGUAAAGGGGCUUGGUGGUUCAACAGUUGUCUUUACUCACACCUAAACGGACCAUACCACAAAUCUGCUGUCAAGUCGGCGGUGUCUGUAGUGUGGUAUCACUUUGGUAAUGAAUACCGUUCCAUGAAGUUUGCAAGAAUGAUGAUCAGACCCAAGAGCUAAAUGUCAAUAAAAUGA